AUGAGGGAGAGACACACACAAACAACGAAAUGCAAACCUCACCCCCCCAAAAAAAAGAGAGACAGAGACAUGGUUGAGAAAGACAGACCCGGUUCAAACCUGGAAGGAGGCUCACUUCGCACAUUGGACGACAACAAAAACUCACCCGCAAAUAAUAAAAACCAGGGACACAAAAUGCACUCAAACACAACAACCGGCAACACACAACACAUAGGAAAGGAGAGAAAGGACAAGCUGGACACGGGACAUAUCACAGUGACUCACAAGCAGACAGACCACAACAAAACGAAAAAGCCAACCGGCUUCGCAUAA